AUGUUUUCUCGUCAAUUUCUUAGUACUGGUCUGUUAUUACGAUUGUUAUAUUUUUAUAAUGUGAAUGCAUGUCGGAAUAGUGACAAAGAUGCUCUAACCGCUCUUCACCACCAAAUAUAUAAUCUGAGAGAAAGACCAAACGGAGUUAAUGAAGCGCGUGAUUUUAUCUUUGUUAAUGAAGACUUCACGUUUGUAGCGCCACCGUUAGAAGAAUACGAAGAAGAAGGUGAUAAUGCGUAUUCGGCGUUUCCUCUCUUCCGUAACCGAGUGAAAUUUGAGAAUGCCUACGGUAAUAGUGGAGCAAGUCAAGAAGACGCAACUGAUCAAGCCAUCCUAAUGCUAAUUGCUCGUUUGCAAACUCAACAAUCACUCUUGUUCAAACCAGUUGCAUCAGGAGAAUAUCUGGAACCAUAUGUCGAAUGUAUAGUGGAGUGA